CGCUUGUGUCACGACAGGGAAACGUCACAGAGACAGAGCGAGGGUUCGCCGCUCGUCUGUUUCUGAGAAUAAUCUUCUUAGCGGAUCCACGUAACGCGGCUUCAGAUCAGUCAGGCACCUUCGAGAGUUGGGCUGCGGUCCGUGGGAGGCGUGGAUGAAGGCGAAGAAGGAGUAAACCUCCCAGAAUCACGGAUGUGACUCAACUCAGUUCCUGGGUCUGGGAGGUGUGCUGCCGGCGGUGUCCAUUAAAAACCGACUGGAGGAGUCCAUUCUAUCCUGUAAAGAAGUACGUCGACUUAUAAAGCAGAAUUAUUUUCAUCGCAGGUAGGAACGACAAACGCAGCCUCUUUUAAAAUAAUAUUACUUUAUUCGUAUAUUUGAUUAACACUCAAGGGGAAGUGUCUGAAUAAAUAAAGCAAUUGAAAUGCGUAAUGUGGAAGAACUGUGCUGAAAGAAUUAUUUCGGAGUCAAGGAAUUUGUUGGCUUAUAUAAACUGACGAAGAAGAAGAGAGACGCAUGCGCACUCGCUGAGCCGUGCUGGUUGGCUACAUCCAGUUAGCGGCCGGUGCUGCUUCUUUCCCGGUCAUGUAUGUUUGGCUCCUCUGCGUUUGACGAUGAACAGGUCGCAGCAGCUGAAGCGCUCCGGGAUCCUCCGCAUGGCUCUGUCCGGCUCGGACACGACGCUUCAAAAUGACCAGGGAGAGACAUUCCUCCUCCGGGCCAUCAGGAUAGCAGCGGUGGUCGCCCUGUACUGGUUCGUGUCGAUCACCAUGGUCUUUCUCAACAACUAUCUCCUGGACUCCAAGGAGCUGAGCGCCCCUCUCUUCGUCACCUUCUUCCAAUGUCUGGUCACGGUGGUUCUGUGCUGGCUCAUGCAGCUGCUGUCUACUGCCUGUCCGUGGCUGGUGGACUUCCCCUCGGUCAAGUUCAACCCCAAGACCUCCCGGGAAGUCCUGCCGCUGUCGGUGAUCUUCAUCUGCAUGAUCACCUUCAACAACCUGUGCCUCAAGAACGUCGGGGUGGCCUUCUACACGGUGGGUCGCUCGCUGAGCACCGUGUUCAACGUCGCCCUGUCCUACGUGGUGCUGAAGCAGAGCACCUCACUGCGCGCGCUGUUGUGCUGCGGGGUCAUUCUAGGUGGCUUCUGGCUUGGUGUGGAUCAGGAGAACAUGGCUGGAGCGCUGUCUUGGUCGGGCGUCUUCUUUGGCGUUCUAGCAAGCGCCUUCGUCUCCCUCAACGCCAUCUACACCAAAAAGGUGAUGCCUGCGGUGGAUGGCAACAUCUGGAAGCUCUCCUACUACAACAACAUCAACGCCUGCGUCCUCUUUAUCCCACUGAUUCUGGUGUUUGGAGAGUUUGGUCGCCUGGCCAGCUUCAGCCGCCUCCUGGAUCUUGGAUUCUGGGGCAUGAUGACGCUGGGUGGCGUGUUUGGUUUUGCCAUUGGCUACGUCACCGGGCUUCAGAUCAAAUAUACCAGUCCGCUGACGCAUAACGUGUCAGGUACAGCCAAGGCUUGCACCCAGACUGUUAUAGCAGUGGUGUUUAAUUCAUACAGCAAGAGUUUGUUGUGGUGGACCAGUAACAUGUUGGUGCUCGGUGGCUCUUCAGCCUACACAUGGGUCAAGAGUCAGGAAAUGAAGAAGAACGCUCAGAGGGACUCUCAGGACCAGGCCCGGGAAAAACUCCUGCCUGGUAAAAGCAGCAAUCUCGGGGUCUAACUGUGAAAAUGUAGGUCUUAAAAAUAUAUUUUCAAUGUUUUUACCAGGAUUUUUCCAGUUGAAGUGUAGUUUUGUGCUGACAUUUUUGAAAAGUUUGGACUUGGUUGUUGUAUAUUGUUGUAUAUAAAGAAGCAAUGAAGUUACCAGUGCCUUAAGAAAAACAGUUUCUCUGCCAUUUCUUUGUGAAGCAGAGCUGCAGGACACUUAACUACAAAUUCAAGGGACCGUGUGCUUCACCACUUUGGUGUGACUGAGGUUUGAAAUGAUUUCAUUGAUGGGCUAUUUAAUAAAAUAAGACCUUUGAAAA